AUGUGGUCUUCUUUGCUGAUCCCUACUUUUCUCUUCCUGAGCUUCUUUUCUGUGGGAUUGGCCCCAGAUCCAGGGCCAACCACCAAUGCAGACAACAACUAUCUCCCUUUCUGGGACCAGAUUAAUGGAGACAUAGCAGAAUUUCCAGUGCAGAAUAACAAGAUAAUCAUUGAACCCUGGAAAUAUAUGGAUCGACUAAGAAUAUGUAAGAUCCUUAUAACAGAAUCAGACAAAUAUUUUGCUUCAUUUGGCAAAAACAAUACAGGGAAUGUACAUUGGGCAGUAACUUUAAUGUAUGGAGAGCUAUUUAAAACAGGCAUUGACUACUAUGUGGUUAUUGUGUAUUUCCUUGCUGCAAUUGAAUCUGAGUUUUUGGGGAAUUUGCCAUAUGAGGUAGAGUUACUAUCUCGAGAGGAGUACAGAUCUAACUUCUGUUAUUCAACUGAGGAAUGCCAUGCAUCCUAUCCACAAGUUAUGGAUGUAGCCAACAAGUUCUAUAAGUAUCUGCUGUCCAGAAAGAUAGUUUCCACUACCAGCGGUAUUCCUCAGUAUGACACAGAUGAGGACACAGCGAUCUUUAAGAUGUGGGCGGCCCAUCGAGCUGCCAUUGAUGUGGCAAAACCGAAGUUCAGUGAUGUAUCAUUCUAUUCUUCUGAAACUGAACAAGACUUCACCAUGGACUUUCUACUGGCCAUUGAAUUUGUUGAGGCAGUAUUAUAUCACCCAUACUUUGAAAGUUCAGCAGAAUUCCUAGUGGGUUUCUCACACGGGCUAUUCACAGAUCAGGAUCGCAAUGUUCUCACGAGUAACUUCAGCAUACGGGAAAAAGUACUUAUGGCUGCAGCAAAACUCCUUCAAAAAAUAAAUAAAAGCACAGGAAUGAUUGAGUACCUGCUAUAUUACAGAUAUAUUGAAUAUAAUUACGACAGUUAG